CGAAUCCCAGUACGAUCGAGCGAGACGGGCCGGGCGUACCUGCUACCGACGACCGUACGAUGCGUCACACUACGCGAUUAUGAGGCGAACGCGACUAUUUUCCUCAAAUAAUCAGUGAAAUAAUGUAAAACGUUCGUCAAAAAGUAACUAGAAGCCGCCGCGGCGUCACCUGCGUGCCUGCUCCGUUGUCCUCCCGCCGGCCGGCGGACGCUGCACGCGACAACGCUUCCAAUAAAAAAAAACUAAAAUUUCGAUGUCAGUGAGCGUGAGGACUCUAGUGUCAGUGUAGUGUAGUUUUAAAAUAGUUAAAUGGAUAAACGGCGUGCAAUGUUCGUAUGAGGAAGAAAGGCAACCGGAACAUCAUGUCGGUGGGCCUGCAGCGGCGCGUCCCGCCACUGGACGACGCGCCAGGCGUGCCGGCGGCCUGGAAGAGCGGCAACCCGGAGCCGCCGUUCUCGUCCUUCGCGCCGCCCGCCGGCUCGCCCGCCGGUCCGGCCUUCGCCGCCUCCCCCGCACCCUCCACCCCGGGCCCCGGCUUCGCCGGCCCCCCCUACGCGGCCCCGUUCGGAAGCCCCUCGGCGAGGCCGGGGAGCGGCGGGGGCUUCCCCCCGGGCCCCCCGCCCCAGCAGGGGCACUUCCCGGGGCCCAACUUCGCGCCGCCCGGCUCCCCGUUCCAUCCGCACCCGCCGCAUCCGAUGCCGCCGCAUCCACACAUGAUGGCGCCUCUCCCGCCGCCUGUUGACAGGCGGCACACUCCAUAUUUCGGACAACCGGAUUACAGAGUUUAUGAACUCAAUAAGCGGUUACAACAGAGGACAGAGGACUCAGACAACCUCUGGUGGGACGCGUUCGCGACGGAGUUCUUCGAAGACGACGCGACGCUAACGCUCACCUUCUGUUUAGAGGAUGGACCUAAAAGAUACACAAUAGGAAGGACGCUGAUACCGCGCUACUUCCGCAGUAUAUACGAGGGCGGAGUCUCAGAGCUAUACUACACGAUGCGGCAACCCAAGGAGUCCUUCCACAACACCAGCAUCACGCUCGACUGCGAUCACUGUACAAUGGUCACGCACCAUGGGAAACCCAUGUUUACUAAGGUGUGCACAGAAGGGCGUCUAAUCCUGGAGUUCACAUUCGACGACCUGAUGCGUAUCAAGUCGUGGCACAUGGCGGUCCGCGCGCACCGCGAGCUCAUCCCGCGGCAGGCAGUGCACCCGCCCGACCACGCAGCGCUAGAUCAGCUCUCCAAGAACAUCACGCGCCAGGGCAUUACCAACUCCACGCUCAACUAUUUGAGGUUAUGCGUGAUCCUGGAACCGAUGCAGGAGCUAAUGUCCCGGCACAAGGCUUACGCGCUCUCACCACGAGAUUGCCUCAAGACCACGCUCUUCCAGAAGUGGCAGCGAAUGGUGGCGCCCCCUGAGUCGCAGCGGCCGGCGAGCAAGCGGCGCAAGCGCAAGGGCAGCGCGGGCGCCAACGCCGCGCCGCCCGCGCCCGCCAAGAAGCGCUCGCCCGGACCCAACUUCAGCCUCGCCUCGCAGGACGUGAUGGUGGUCGGUGAGCCGUCUCUGAUGGGCGGCGAGUUCGGGGACGAGGACGAGCGGCUGAUCACGCGGCUGGAGAACACGCAGUACGAGGGCGACGCGGCCGAGUGGAGCGCGCCGCCGCCCGCCUCGCCCGCCAAGACGCCGCCCGCCAACCACUGACGCCCGCGCGUCGCACCGGGGACGCACCACUCGUUUAUCUACUCCACGGACUAACACACUCCGACCGGAACGCGUUUCGACCUAAAUAGGGAUGACGACUACGUAAAAAAAUGGUCUGUUUAAAGCUAGGAACAUACUACGCGGCCGAUCAGUGUGCACGGUCUUCGAGACGUGGCUUCGGCUGACCGAAACAUCCAGCGAGCCAGAUUUCGAUCGGACGUCCGUGCGCUCGAGGCCACGUCCACGAUCGUCGACGUAUAGUUUGCACGGUUAAGUGUAUAUUCAUUGUCCAGAUCGCGCGACGACGGACGUCCGCGUUGUAUGUUCCUAGCUUAAUACGUCAAUUAGAUCGUCCAAAAA